AUGCGUCGCGGUACGCAUCUGAGCCAGCAUGAACAAGGGCAGAUACAGGCUCUUCGUCUCAACAAUUGGACAAUUAGGCGAAUUGCAGCGCAUCUCUCGCGCUCCCGUAGCGUCGUGGCCACGUUUUUAAGGAACCCGGGCCUGUAUGGGAAGAAGAGAAGGCCCGGUAGGCCCUCCAAACUCACCUCCACGGCUCGACGUGCUCUCUUGCGCCAAGCGCACAAAAGGCAUUUGUGUUCUUCAGAGUUAGUUAAGACCCUUAGUCUUUCUGUAACUCCAUCUACUGUGCGAGGUAUCCUACGCGCCACGCCAACGAUUCAGUACAGCAAAAUGGUCCCCGCUCCGAUGAUGCUCCCGAGACACAAAAUUGCACCGGAGCAGUGGUGUCGCGAAAAGGUCACUUGGACGGUGUCGGAUUGGAUGAAUGUGGUGUGGUCGGACGAGAAGAAAUUCAACUUGGACGGGCCGGAUGGGUUCGGGUACUAUUGA